AUGGCACCGUCUUUUCCAUUUACUUUCCGCGUCGGAACACCAAACGGACUGUCUUUCAAACCUUCAAUGCCAGCCGUGGCGCCGAGGUCGACUGUCGGACUGCGCGACGACAACUUCACUGGCAACCACAAGCUUGUGAUCGUACUUGUGGUUUUGGCGGUCAUCGCAGGAAUUCUUCUCGUUAUUUUCUCUUCACGGAAGGCAAGAGAGCAGGACCGUCUGGCGAAAGAGCGUGGAGCGUUCUUGCGCGGUCUGCAAAGAAGGAACAAUGAACCAUCAAUGGUCGCAAUGGCGAUCCCUCUUCGAAUCAAAAUCAUCGCAUCGUCAAUAACUCUAAUCGUGAUCAUCGCCAUCACACUAGCAACAUCGCUCGAAAUCCGCGCGCACGAGGCGCCGCGACAACUUAUCCAGAUCUCGAAGGCCCAACUCGCGAAGGACGGAAAACUUGAAGCACAGGUGCAGGCGCAAGCCCAGCAAGCGGGUGCGGCUAUCAAUGGAAGCGCAUUCGACCGCGGCGACAUUCUCAGCGGGACUUCCACAGUUGCCGCUGACAUAACCGCAACCUGGGUUAUCACGGGCCGACCAACAAUCAUAGCGAGUGAUGAAGGUAUGAUCGGGGCCACUGCAACUGCGCAACCGACGUCGGUCGAUGAAGGCUUCAUUGGCAACACCGUAGGCACAUCGAAGCCAACUCCCAGCGUCCGACCUCUACCACCACCUGCACCCCAAGUGCCUAUAGUUGCGAUGUCGUACGCCGGCGAUGGAGGUCCUAAGCACUGUCGCGGGCAGCUUCUACAGAAACUCAAUCUGCCUAGACCCGCAAAGACUUGGCUGAACGGUACUUGCGUAGACCUGCCUGGCCAUGCACGCUGUGGUGUCUUUUAUUCGGCGAAAGGCGACAACUGUGAAGCGCAACUCUUCACCAUGGAGGGCUGCUACAACACGACGGAGACAUACGUGAAUACAGUGGUAUUCAUGCCAGAAGAACGGCCGGUUGGUGCGAUGUGGAAGAGCAUGUUUAUCCGCUGUGGUCUCGACGUACCAGAACCGGCUCUCAUUGAUCCCAGCAUCCUUGGAGGCGCAUUGAAGAAACCGGGCGGAGGAUGA